GGCCGCCGCCAGCCCUGGUCCCGGCCCCCGUCCCGGUCCCGGUGCCGGUCCCGGGCGGGAGGACACCCCGCCGCUCCCCGCCCGCUGAGCCCCGGCCCGGCCAUGGGGGCUCUGACCAGCCGGCAGAACGCAGGGGUGGAGGAAGUGGAUAUCCCCGCUAAUUCCGUCUACAGAUACCCCCCGAAAUCCGGGAGCUACUUUGCCAACCACUUCAUCAUGGGAGGCGAGAAGUUCGACUCCACACACCCCGAGGGGUAUCUCUUCGGGGAGAACAGCGACCUCAACUUCCUGGGGAACCGGCCCGUGGUGUUCCCUUACGCUGCUCCACCUCCUCAGGAACCCGUGAAGACCCUCAGGAGCUUAAUCAAUAUCCGCAAGGACACCCUGCGCCUCGUCAAGUGCUCGGAGGAGGUGAAGACCCCCGGGGAAGAAGUCAGCAAAGCCAAGGUGCACUACAACGUGGAGUUCACCUUCGACACGGACACCCGUGUGGCCAUCACCAUCUACUACCAGGCAACCGAGGAGUUUCACAAUGGGGUGGCCAGCUACAUCCCCAGGGACAACAGCCUGCAGUCGGAGACAGUGCACUACAAGCGGGGGGUGUGCCAGCAGUUCUGUGUGCCCUCCCACACCAUCGACCCCUCUGAGUGGAGCGAGGAGGAGCUGGGCUUCGACCUGGACCGGGAGGUGUAUCCCAUGGUGGUGCAGGCAGUGGUGGAUGAAGGAGAGGAGCACAUCGGGCACUGCCACGUGCUGCUGGCCACCUUUGAGAAGCACAGUGAUGGCACCUUCUGUGUGAAGCCCCUCAAGCAGAAGCAAGUGGUGGAUGGUGUGAGCUACCUCCUGCAGGAGAUCUACGGCAUUGAGAACAAGUACAACACACAGGAUUCCAAGGUGGCCGAGGACGAGGUGAGCGAUAACAGCGCCGAGUGCGUCGUCUGCCUGUCGGACGUGCGCGACACCCUCAUCCUGCCCUGCCGGCACCUCUGCCUCUGCAACACCUGCGCCGACACCCUGCGCUACCAGGCCAACAACUGCCCCAUCUGCAGGCUGCCUUUCCGAGCCCUGCUUCAAAUCCGAGCCAUGAGGAAGAAGCUGGGUCCCCUCUCGCCCACCAGCUUCAACCCCAUCAUCGCCUCGCAGACCUCGGACUCUGAGGAGCACUCGUCCUCAGAGAACAUUCCCCCUGGCUAUGAGGUGGUGUCGCUGCUGGAGGCCCUCAACGGGCCACUGACACCCUCGCCGGCUGCUCUGCCACUGCGGGCCCUGGGGGACCCCCCGGGCGUGGGGACCCUUCCCUCCUAUGGCAGUGACGGCCCCCUGCCUGCCUUGAGGGCCCUCUCGCCCCUCCAGCGCCUGCCCGACUGCGGCCCCCCGGGGCUCAAGCUGAAGAAGAGCAUCUCCAAGUCCAUCUCGCAGAACUCCUCCAUCCUGCCUGAAGAGGAGGACGAGAAGUCGUGCACCGAGUCGGAGCCGAGGGUCUCCAGGAGGAGAUCCCCAGCCCGGUGCGAGGAGGAAUGUGGUGCGACACCGGAGAGUGAAAACUUCACCCUGUCAUCAUCAGGAGCCAUUGACCAGUCCUCAUGCACUGGGACACCCCUCUCCUCCACCAUCUCGUCCCCGGAAGGUACAGAGCCCGUCAGCAGCAGCCUGGCUCAGUCCGUCAUGUCCAUGGCCUCCUCCCAGAGCCAGCACUCCCAGCUCAGCACAGACACUGUGUCCUCCAUGUCUGGCUCCUACGUUGCUCCUGGCACAGAGGAGGAAGAGGAGGAGGAGGAGGAGGGGGACAUGCUCCCCUCACCUGCGGCCGCAAGCGUCACAGCCUCUGAUGGAGAGUCAACGCCUGUGGAAUCCCCAGAUGUGAACUUUGUCAGCAUCUCUGCCGAGGAGCUCGAUGCUGAGGGCAACGAUGUGCUGGAGGAUGAGGACGCCUCUCCCACGCAGGAAGACGGCCCGAGGACAGGCGCUUUCCUCGGUCUGAGGUGUGACAAUAACAAUGACAUGGGCAUCGCACACGUGAAAGCGCUGGACAAUAAACUGUGCUCUGAGGCCUGCUUACCUGGCGGUGAGACCCCCGGUCCCACCCGGUCCCCCCGUUUGCUCUCUCGCGUGCAUGUCCCCGCGCCGCCGCCGCCUCUCCCGCCUUCACCAUGUGCCUUCUGGUCUCUCCUGCCACGCAGCCGCCGUGCCGGACUCCUGCCCCAUUAACAUUGAGGAAUAGGCCCAGAGGCCACCAACAACAACGUGCGGCUGCAGCAGACGCCCCGGCCCCGCCGCCCCCCCGGCACCCGAGACCUGGAGCAGGCAG